AUGUCGGACGAAGACAAACCCCAGACUCUGAAAGAGGUCUUCGCUUCGGCCGAGAAGAAGCGCCUCAUCCUCGAAAACUCCUACGAAGCCUCCUCUCCCACCUACCACGACGACCUCCGCACCGCCAUCACCGAGUACGAGUCCUGCCUCGACAUAAUCUCCCGUGUCGCCCUCUUCUCCCCCAACGAGUCGCUCGAAGACCUCCCGACAACCUCCCUGCCAUACCUUCCCAUCACCUUCCACCUCGCCGAGUUGCACCAGAAGACCCCCUCCCGCCGCCCCAUCGAACGCCGCGUCGCCCUCGAACGCGCCCGCGAGUCCUACGAGACCUUCCUCGGCCUCCUCGACUCCUACGACCUCCUCGACGGGCCCAACAAGAAGCUCUACUCCCAGUACACCGACGACCCCGUCGCCUUCUCCACCCUCGGCGGCACCGACCCCGCCAAGCGCCGCGACGUCAAGAUCGCAAACUUCAAGGCCGAGAAGGCCCUCAAGCAACGCCUCGAGACCCUGCGCCGCGACCCGCGGUACCAGGACGACGAGGGCGACGACGAGAUCGUGCGCGACCUGCACCUCGCGCACGCCGCCUACGCGGCGCACAUGGCGUUCCAGGGCCUGGAGGGCAUCAACCGCGAGCUGGACAUCCUGGCGCAGGCCACGGUGCCGCUGAUGCCGUCGCCGACGUCCGUCGAGGACGACAACCGCCGGCGCGCCGAGGACCGCACCGCCGAGGGUUUCACGGACAGGCUGGAGGCGCCGCGCCGGCUGCACAGCAUUUUCGGGCAGUCCGGCGGCCCGCUGCUGUCCAAGGAGGGUAAGCCCCUGCAGCCGUUCACCCUCGUGGGCAACAGGCAAGAGAUGGCUGCCAACGUGUUCCGGCCGGGUCACAACCUGCCCACGAUGAGCAUCGAUGAGUACCUCGAGGUGGAGCGCGAGCGCGGCGGUAUCAUUGAGGGAGGCGGCGACGCGAGCUGGCACAGGCCCGAGCCGGAUGAAGAUGAUUACGAAAAGGCGGACGAGGAGACGAUGAAGGCGAGAGCGUGGGACGAGUUCGUCGAGGCGAACCCCAAGGGCUCUGGAAACACGCUGAAUAGGGGAUGA